CUGACAGCCGCUCCAAGGAAGAAGAAGAAGAAGAGGUGCUAGAAAAGAGGAAAAAUUAGAAUUUGUGUUUUAUUGUGGUCGAAGAAAAAGGCUUUUCCCUGGGUGUCCAUCUAGCUCUCUAGUCGUUAACAUCAUCUACAGACGCCUCAGAUAUAGUGGAAAAUGGUGAGUGAGUGGGCGACAUGCGAAAAGGACGUGUUCCUCAUGAUUCGGCGAAAGAAAACAACCAUUUUUACAGACGCCAAAGAUAACACGACAGUUAGCGAAUUGAAAAAGAUGAUAGAAGGAAUACUGAAGAUCCGACCCCGCGAUCAGCAGCUGUACAACAAAGACAACACAAUCAUGGAGGACGAUAAACCGCUGCAGGACUACGGCAUCUCAAUUGUUACAGCGAAGGCCCAGGCACCGGCUCAGCUGGGUCUGGCCAUCAGGACGGAAACGGGUGAAUUUGAGGCGCUCGAAAUAACACCAUAUUCGUCACCGCCAGACCUCCCGGACGUGAUGAAGAACCAAGAGGCUGCCAAUGGCCAGGAGCAGGUUGCUUAAUAGCCUUUUUCUCUUCUCAAUGGAGCCAGCAACAUCGCACGGAGAAGCGACGGGAGUUCAUGUGAGAUAAGAAGCUGAAGGGAAGUGUUUCUUUUGGACAAACAGCUCAUAAAGUUGAGGUAAAAAAAAACUUGCAAGAAAAUUCAGAAUAAUAUGUUUUCUAUUUACCAAUUCAAUGUGGAAUUUAUUUUGCACUAUUUUUUUCUAAUUAACAGAUUCAUUCUCUUUCUAUAGUUUGCAUUGUAUUGUCCCAUCUUUUCUGCAUUUUCCCCCAAAAAUACAUCUCGAUUCUCUUUUCACGCCUGAUAAAUAGAUAUAAUAAAGCGGGUUUCGAAAUAUUUACUCUUGAUUGCCUUCUAAAAAUUCUUCUCCCCAAAGCACACACACAUUUUUUACGACUUUUUCAUUUUUAGAUAGUUAAAAGCGAUGCGAUAGUUUUUUCCUGGGGAGGUUUUCAUCCGUGGAAGAUCACAGAGAUACAAUGACGACUUUCUUGUCCGCUCUCAAUUCAAUAAGUUGGUGCUGUUUUCAGGCUAACGCCACAGAUUUCACGCACACACUUCGUGUGUGGGAAUCACAAAGUUUCGCCUCUAAAUACUCAAUAAGAAUCAAGUGGCUUCAUUCUCAGUCCUUCCGCAUAUACCUACUUCAAGCCUUCUCUUCCACUUGCCACCAUCCCCUGAGAAACACUCUUGCGCUAUCCCUCAAUUUUCUAUGAAUGUACAAUUACUUGCAUAUAAAUUUCUUUGAUUUAUAAUUUAUCUAUUGAGACGAUAAAGGAAGAAAAAAAUUAACGAAUGUGGAAUAAUUUAUGUAAUUUGUAAAAAAAAAGAAAGAAGAGUAUGAGAAAUUAGUGAUUAAUAAAACUUGAAAGAAAGAGAGAGAGAGA